AUGAAAUGCUCCCAGAGGAACCAUCCAAUCACAAAAGCGACAACUGUAGCUCAGCAAGGGAUGACGCCCUGGAAAACCCAGGAGUCAGAGCUGGGUCAGACCAGCACCUUGAACCUGAAAAAAGGCUAAGCCGUGGGGAGAGCCAGAAAAUUACAGUGAAAAGAGCACAGAAAAAGAAUGGCAAAAGGGCAUGGGACAAACCUCAUUAUUGUGUUUAUUGUAAAAAGCCAAACUUGAAAAUGGCCAGACAUUUACAACAAAAACAUGGUGAUGAAAUUGAUGUUGCACAUGCUGUUGGUUUCCCACUGCGUUCCAAAGAAAGGAAGAGACUCUUGGAAUCCCUCCGUAAUAAGGGUGACUGGAUGCACAAUAUGGAAGUCUUGAAACAAGGUCAUGGAGAGAUCAUCACCUGGAAAAUGCCAUCAGACAAGGCCUCUGUUAGUGGAUUUUUACCAUGCCAACAUUGUUUUGCAAUGUUUAAGAGAACUGAACUCUGGAGACAUGAGAAGACAUGUAGAGAGAGGAAGAGUGACAACGAGAAGAAGAAAAAAAGAAGAAGAGUGCAGAAAGCUUCUUCACAACUCCUUCCUAUGUCAGGAUCAUGUGAGGGAGUCCAGGAUAUAAUCCACAGUAUGUUCCAAGAUCAUGUAACCACUCACAUCAGAAAUGAUGACAUGAUACUGAGGUUUGGAGAUUAACUGUAUGCAAGAAAAGGACGAGAACAGUCUCAACAUCGAUACAUCGCACAAAAGAUGAGAGAACUUGGCCGUUUUGUGUUGGCUGCUAUGAAGAUCGAUAAACAUGUCAAAAGAACUCAAAGAUUUGUGUGAUCCCACAAAGUUUCAGCUGGCCAUCAAAGCUGCAAGGAAGGUGUCCUCCUACAAUGCAACUUCCAGUGAAUAUGGGAAGCCAUCUACUGCAGUAAAAAUUGGCUUUUCCCUCAAAGGAGCAACAGAGGCCUGGAUCGGACACUGUUUGAUGACAUCAGAUGAUGUUAGAGAGAGCAAGGCUAAGAAGUUCAAGGAAUUACUGGAGAGGUCUUGGUCUGAUUAUGUGUCAGCAAAUGCUCACAGCACAAUAGAACAGCGGAAGUGGAACAAUGAGGACAGUGUUCCUCUAACAAAGGACAUUGUCACUCUGCAGAACUAUCUGAGGACAAUUGAGGACCAGGCCAAAGCAGAGUUGAUGGAGCGUGUGACACCUUCAGCAUACAAAAAACUGUCUGAGAGAAGGAGAAGCAUCUCGUCUGACUCUAGAAACCUAUCAAAAUGCUGACACUGGACCGGUGAACAAGGACAUCUAUGAAAUCCCCUUCACCUGUUGAAAAACAGCUGAGCCACAGACUGACGCGCAUUGUCACACGAAGGAAACAUGGCAGAAAAGUACCUGUUCUUCUUCUAGAGCGCACCAAAGCCUCUCUUGUCCUCCUGAUUGAAAAACGGACCGAAUCUGGUGUACUUUAAGUGUUUUAGGUGUACUUGAUGACAAUCCUUUCCUGUUUGCAAGGCUGGGAACAUUAACAAAUAUUAGGGGUUGUGAUUGCCUGAGAAAAUUUGCGGUUGAGUCCAAGGCAAGUAAUCCAGAACUUCUUAGGUCAACAAAACUAAGAAAACACAUUGCUACCUUGUGCCAGCUUCUAGACUUAGACAGCCAAGAACUAGAACAAGUAGCUUGCUUCAUGGGACAUGACAUCAGGGUCCACUGUGACUACUAUCGACAGACUGACAAAACAUUCCAGGUCGCAAAGAUAGGAAAACUUCUCUUUGCCAUGGAGCAUGGGGCACAGUAUCUCCAAGGGAAGAAUUUGGAGACUUUGGACUCUGUGGUCUUUGGUAGGAACACUGAUAUUAUUUUCUCUUCAUCAGAAAUUUAAUUUUAGUAUUCAUAACAUAUCUAUCCAUUUACAGAAAACCACACACCAAAAUUUGAAAAUAUUUUUGAUUUAUUUCUGUACUUUUCUGUCUUCAGGAUCCAACGCCAACACAACCCAGGGCUCAGUGCCAGUUCAAGACAGAGGGCCCUCAACUACCCAAGGGUCACGUGGUAAAGCACAAAGAAAGGUGUCAACUCAGAGAUGUGAUGAGCCCCAGUCUAAAGUUACCUUUGCAGUCUCUCUCAGGUGAACAGGAGAAGUCCAGGAGUGCAGCAAGUUUAAUUUUAAAGAAGAGACAGAAAUGUGCUGCAAAAAGACGAGCAGAUGAUGGAGGUAAGUCCAGACCUAGAAACAUCAGUAAGUCUUUUCUAGAGACAAUGCUCUAGAAAGGCAGGUGUCUUCUUUUCUCAAGUGAAGAGGGACAUCGGUGGACUGGAAAAGAACCACCCAAGAAGAAACCAAAGUUUGCAGCUAAACUACAGCAUGAAGAUGAGUGUGAGGAUGAAUGUGGUAGGUCCAAGCUUCUCUGAAGUAAACGUAGAUUAUGAAGUAAAAACCAAACUUGUCCUUUGUCAGUUCUCUUCUGAUUGUCUGUGUUUUAUUGAGCAGGUCUAAAAUUUCACAUUGGAUUUGUUUUUUAAAAUUCUGUGAUGUUGCUCAGCACUGUCAGUCCAUGGGUCGUGAGGAACACAAUCUUAAAUUAGGGCCAAGGAAGAUGCUGCAACCAAAUUCAAGAGCAUCCAUCACAAAAGCAGCCAAUUAAGUGGGUGCCACUCCCACAAAUCAAAAUGGCUACCACCAUGAGGUUAACACACACACACACACAAAGAGCAAAACACUAAAUUGGCCAAUACCACACACAGUAACAGAAAUUUUACACUUAUGUGGAGUGAGCAGUCACACGCAGACAGAUCAACAAAAGUAGAACUACAACACUGCUGUCAUUCACAAACAGCACACAGAGAUCCAACAAAAGGUGACUGCCACCACCACAUUACAAAUGGACACAAGUCUUCAAAAGACACUCAAAUUACUGUGAUAAGGCUGGCAACAAGCCAAACGAACUGAACAUAAAAUUAGGUAUACGAAGCAGUAACACACAAGUGACCCACCAAAUGUGGACUGCAAACCACUACACAGAAUGGUCACAUAGUAGUCACCACUACACAACCGUUGCCACCUUAAACCUAAGAUGCAACUCACACGUGACCCACCAAAUGUGGAGAGCAGUUACCACCAACAAAUGGUCACACAACACAAGUUACUGCGCACACAAAAUCCUAGUUGUAUUCACACAGAGUGACCAAGCAAGAAUGGGUAGCCUUCUGAAACACACACAAAAACAGUACCGUAGUACAAAACAAUUGUAAGAGCAAAAUGAGUCACCCCAACCCCUACCUACUUGACAAGAUGUCUGACUUACCUAACUAGUCUUCAGUGGCCUGCCGAGCUCGAGGCAUCACCUAAGUGUGCCCCCUCCUCAGGAUUACCACCAAAAAUAAAAAAGGCAAAAUAAAAAAGUGGCAAGCUCUUCCCUGCCCGGCGACUAAAUGAUCAGGGUGCUCAGAAGUUACAAAUAAAACCAACUACUAAUGAUAGUGACAGAAACAGAAGACUAACAAACCCAAACUAUGGUCACUAGUUACAAAAGGAAAAACUAAAAAAAAAAAAAAACUAAAAAAAAAAACCUCAUGGAUGUUUCGAUCCCGGACGAGACCCCAUUUGUUACGCCCCACCUGAAGGCAGCCCUAUGGGGCUAACAACUAUCCUCAUCUUUUGACCCAUUAAAUUAACAAAACACCUUCAAAAGUGUAACAAGUGAUUUAUUGUGACCAAAUAACAAAAUUACAAACUAAACACGAAGAACCCACAACACAAAUGAGAGGCAGCAGGGCAGCAGUUCCCCACCAAAUGCCUCUCCAGACUGCAGGCAGCUCUCAAUCUUUAAAGGCCCAGCACCAGGUGAGUCUGAUUAGCACUCAGUGAUUUCACCUGGGCAGCUAUGGAGAGACAAAAGGGGAAAAACACACACAAAACAAACACACAGCCGUAAGAAUAUGAAUCAAUUUAAAUGAAUCAUUUAAUCACAGCCCUGAUUCCUCUUAACAUGGGAAUCUGUACUUAGAUAAACUCUUUUGUUUGUCUGUUUUUUAUCUUACAGGUGCUUCAAAAAGACAAAUCAAAAGACCAUGAUCAAGGGAGGAGAAGGCUGCAGUCCUCAGAAGCAUGGCUAAACUUGUAGCUUUGAAAAGGGUCCCUGCAAAAAGUGAAUGCCAGCGGUGCAUUGGAAAGGAGUCACCAACCCUCAACAAUAGGACAUGGAAAGACAUCAAGUACUUUGUUUAUAACGAAAUUAUAAGGGUAAAGAGAAAUUUGUUCAAGUGUUAAAGGGCCGGGUAAGUCAAUCAGGUGUCAGUGACUUUUAGUUCUUUUUCUCAGACUGUGUGGGUGUGGAAAAGUUUGUUUGAUUGACAGCUCUACUUCCCUUUUAAUUCUGUAGAACUCAGUUUUUUAGGCGAACGUACCUGCCUGUUUCCAUUUUUGUUGUUGCUUUGGUUCUGAUGACAUCAAGAGUCAUCAUUGUCCCACCCAUGUUUAACCUUUCCUUGUCCAAUCAAUAGGACAAACCUAAAAACACCUAUGUGUCCAUGACCUUAAAAGACAAAUGGUUCUACUCUGACGUUGGUUUCUUUUCAGCAUGUUACUCAUAGUUUGUACAGUAUUCGUGUGCAGUUUGUAGUUUUCUGCUGCUUGGGGGGCCUAGGGCAUCAACCCAAACAGAGAAAAUGGUGCAGUUCGAUCUGCAUAACUUUUCAUCCAUCUGAGUUACUCACAGUUAAAAGAUUAUUGUAUGAGAGAAAAAGUUGUUCAAAGCACAGUAAAAACAAAUAAAUACUCAGUUGUUUGACACUUCCUGUCAAUUCAGUUUGUGAGUUCUUUUGCCAAUUCAUUGUCAUAUAUGUGGAUCUGUUAGACCUGAAUUCCGACAGACUUUCAUUCAACAGUUUACACAAGCUCAGUUAUUUUAUAGACAGCUUUUUUCCAACAUUUUCUUACACUAAGGGAGGUAAUAAAAAAAAAUACUAAUUGUAAAGUUGGGAUUAUCACUUUUUUCUGUUAAGAAAUACAAAUAUAUCCAACUCUUCCUUCCAAAGCAAAAUAAUUUCACAGUAUUUAUUAAUUCUUUACAUAUAAACAUAAACCAAGUUCAGUCCUAACUCGGUCAGCUAAAAACUUUUUUUCUAAAACUUUCUAAUAGAUGUAAAUUGAGUGAGUGUAUAGGUCAAGGGUGCUCCCCAGUGUCCUGAAUGAUAUUUUUUGUGUUUCUAAGUUCAAGAGAACUGGUAGUCCUCGCUUUGUGGGUCUUUCUUCAUAGACCUCGCAAAGCAGCAAGUACACGAGUGUGUGUGUGUGUGUGUGUGUGUGUGUGUAGCCUGCUAUGUUUGGAUCUGACCUUCUUUAUCGAUGCAAGUGGAAGCUGGCUCUGUGUACUUUAGUGGAUAACUGUCUUCAUCCUCAGGCAGAAGUGGCCAUGCUGCCUCGUAGCAUUCAAUCCCCAAAUUAG